GUCGUGAGUUCCACUCAGUCUCAGACUCAGCUGUGAAUUGUGAUCACCAUGCGUACUUGUGUGCUGCUCUGCGUUCUAGGAUGGGCUGCCGUGUACGGCAAACCCAAUAGCGACUGUACCACAGAGCUAGGCAAACUCAGGACCGAGUUGGAGUCGAUGAAGGAGAUGCUCAACACUCUUCAGAGCGAGAUCGUGGAGGUAGAGCACACAGCUCCACACAGCAGAGGAAAACGAGCUGGGAGUUACUUCUUAAGAGGACCUGUUGGACCCAUGGGCGCCCCAGGACCCAAGGGAGAGCCGGGUGCCCCAGGUGCUCCUGGACCUCAGGGUAAACAGGGAUACCCAGGAUUUAAGGGAGACACUGGUCCUCCCGGAGUUCCUGGAGAAGAAGGCGAACCAGGUAUGCAGGGACCUCAAGGUGACCAAGGUGUUCCAGGUGAAACCGGAGCCCCAGGUGUUCCAGGAGCCCCCGGACCACAGGGACCUCAAGGUCUUAAAGGAUACGAAGGAGCAGUAGGAGAGCCUGGUGCCCCCGGAGAGCAGGGACUUCCAGGAGAUCAGGGAGAGCCAGGGCUACCAGGACCAAUGGGACCCAUGGGACCACAGGGAGAGAAAGGAGACGUUGGAUACCCAGGUAUGCCAGGUGAGCCAGGGCCUCAGGGUCCCGCAGGUGAGACUGGACCACAAGGACCAGAUGGACCGCCAGGGCCACGUGGACCUCAAGGAUACCAGGGCGCCCAAGGUGCACCAGGAGUUCCAGGAGAGAAGGGAGAACGCGGGCCCCAGGGAGCCACAGGGCGACCAGGCAUGCCCGGGCCAGCACAGUUUGCUGCGGCAGCUCCAAUUAAAGACGCGUCUUAUUAUGCACAAGCACAAGCUCAGGCCCGUAGAAGAAACUACAAAGGUUAAAUAGUGUUAGAAUAUGAAAAUUCCAAAUUAGCUUUAUUAAAAAAAAUUCCAUCCAAGCUUGUUAUUUUUUGGCAUUUAAUUUAUUAGUUUAAUUAGAUGUGCUUGGGCUAGCCCAGUUUGUGGGUUAUGUGAGCUAUGAUUGUGGCGAGGUACAAAAAAAAAGUGUGAGAAAAAGUUAAAUAAAAAACAUUAAAACUA